UUGAGAAGUAAUCUAGUUUUUCAAAAUAAUCUGUAAUCUGAUUGCAAUAUUUUAGCUGGUAAUGUAAUUACACAUCAGUCAUGAAUUGCAGUGCUUUGUGAUAUGCUUAGUGAGAGAGAGAGAGCAUAACAAUAUAACAAAUGACUUCCUGAAAGACAUUAGAGCUGUUUCACUACUGGACUGACAUUGGUCCAUCCAAUCUGAUUCCUCAUUCUGUUCCGUUCCGUUAUAGACACAGGCCAACAUUAACCACAUAGAGACACAGAAGGAGGUAUCUAACUAUGUUCUUGUUCUGAGAAGUAAACAUGUCUGUGCUGAAUCUCUCGUCCAUCCACCUAUUGCUUCUCUUCUCCUCUCUGUCUGGAGUAGAUGGCUAUUUUGGACACUUUGAGAUGAGGUGUCGGUUCAGCUCCGAGGAGCCCCGUGAUAUUGAGUUUCUGCUGCAGGUCUACGGCAACAAGAAGUUACUGGGACAAUACAACAGCACAACAGAGAAAUGUACGGUCUACACACAAUGGAUGAAGAACUUCACUGAAACGGCCUGCAAAGGCCCUGCUUUUCUGGCCGCGAGGAGAGACGAAAUGAAGAAAUACUGCAGCAGCAACGUUCCUGUGGUGUAUGGGUACUUACUAGAUAAGGCAGUUGAGCCCUACGUCAGGCUGAGGUCAGUCGAGCCGUUCAGUACCAGACACCUGGCCAUGCUUGUGUGCAGCGCCUACGACUUCUACCCCAAACCAAUCAGAGUGACGUGGCUGAGGGACGGACAGGAAGUGACCUCAAAUGUGACUUCCACAGAGGAGCUGGUCAAUGGGGAUUGGACCUACCAGAUCCACUCGCACCUGGAGUACACACCCACACCUGGAGAGAGAAUCGCCUGUAUGGUGGAGCACUUCAGCCUCACUGAGCCCAAACUGUAUGACUGGGACCCCUCCAUGCCGGGUCCUGAGAAGAAUAAGAUGGUGAUCGGGGCCUGUGGGCUGCUGCUGGGGGUGGUCUUUAUAGCAGCUGGACUGAUCUACUACAGGAAGAAAUCUACUGAAGGACGAGUGUUGGUGCCGACCAUGGCGCUGCCAGAAAUUUAUGGCACCAUCUAGUGGUUCUGCCUUCUGAAGGUUGUGAUCUGAACCCACUUAAUUAGUCUGGGUACCAGUCUUUUUAGCUAACAUUCCACUCCUUGUUGCCUUUUCCGUGACAUAUGCCAAGGAGGUCAAGUAGUGGAAUGUCAGCUAAAAAGACUGGUACCCAGACUACCACUUAAUCAUUCCAAGCACAAUGUCUUCUCAGUCUCCCAGGCCUUUUGCAUUGGAGGAGAGGUUGCAGCCAGAAACUCCCAAGGCCCUUCUAUGGGGAUCAGAAUCCCGGCAUUCUGAUCAAGAGUUUACCACCGAGUGGCCAACUUGAUCAAAUCUAUGUCCACAUCCUGUGCGUUUGAGACGUUAGAUCUAGGAUAUGAUUUUGUAAGGAAUUUUCAGAUGCGACAAACAAGAUUGGUUUAUGGAAUUGUUCAUCCUUAGGUUUUGAUUCUAAUUCUUGUUUCUAUUGGCAACUGAUGUUAUUGUUAACUUGGCUUUGUCUUUUAUUAAAAUAGUUUUAUUUUGCAGUUUUCAUUUGUUUGGGUAUUUGUUGAUAGAUUCGCAAGGGGUAGGCUAGACGCUGCCAGAUCUUACAACACCUAGAUAGGUAUUUUACCUUUCAGCUAACCACAUAUGUUAUAGCAAUCUGACAGUCGAUGACAAGUCGAUGGACACAGUCGACAGUCGAUGACGUGGCAUGCAACCGUUCGUUGAUUCAUGCAACGUCUUAGCAGUGGAAAGCAACCAUACCGUCUGAUAUUCCACGUCUUUCAGCCAAUCAGCAUCCAGAAGCCAAACUACCCAGUUUAUAAAUGUCUAUAUUAGUGAAAAGCUAUAUAAGGCUAUAAGUCAAAUUACUUCCUCUCAUGCUUUCCCUUCCUUCAUGGACACUUAUGCAAAAAAUAAAAUAAAAUAAUGAAAGCCAUUUGAAAGUAAACAUCCUCCAUAUUGUUUUCACUCAUCCUUUGCUUUCAGAUCAGUGCAAAUCAAGGAAAGGAGGCUAAGAAACAGGAAAGGAGGCUAGGCUAGGACAUAGGAAAAGAGGUUAGGCUAGGUCACAGGAAAGGAGGCUAGGACACAGAAGUCUAGCACCAGCAGACACGCCGUGCCAGAGGAUUGGUUUGCGUUCCAGGUCAUCUUUUUUUGCAGUCACAAUUUGCUCAAUAAGAUUGCUGUAUCUUAUUCAUGUGGUUCCUGAUCCUUUCUACAGUCCAGACGUUGUUCCUGUGGUUCUACAGUCCAGACGUUGUUCCUGUAGUUCUACAGUCCAGACGUUGUGACGCUCAUCUAAAAAGCGUGACUGCAGAAAAAGAUGACAUACAAGUUGGAAGACAACUUGAAAGUAAAAUGUCAAUUUCAAAAAAUAUAUCAAUGCAACUUUUUCCAUUCCGAGCAGACACAGAUUGUAUAACUGCAUAAUUUAAUCAUUUAUCAUUUUGUACAUACCCGUAUUUAAAAUGUCUCCUUCACUCUGUGCAUG